AUGCCAUCACACAACCUCCCCGUCCCACCCCAACACCAACCCGUCCGCCCACCACCCUCCAACUUCGACUCCUCCGCCCGCCGCGAGUCAAUCGGCCGCGUCAUGAAUUUUGUCGUCUUCGCCGUCCUCCCACCCCGCUUACCCGACGGCAUGGUCGCGCCACCCACCGGCUUGGGCCCAGCAGAUGCCAUGGGCUGGGACGAGCGGUUGAACUGGACGCACAACGAAAAGGUCGACAGCGAAGCCGACGGCCAACCAUCUCAGCGCCGCAAAUCCUCAAUAUGGCGCAAACUCGCCCCAACAACGCAACGCACCCGUCGCGGCACCGACUCCAACAACGGCGGAAGCGAACUGCCACCGUUCCAAUUCAAGCAGGUGCCCUAUGAUGUAUGGCGGAAACACUACGCCAAGGACGCCCAGGGAAUGUAUCGCGGCACGCAUGCGCCUGCGGAAGACUGCUUGCUCAAGCCUGAAGACGUGGCUAAGUGGCGGCUGGAGGCGCCGAAGACCAAGGCGGAUUUAUGGACUAGGGGAAGCGAGGCGUUGCCGGUUUAUGGGGAGGUCAGGGCUGAGGAGGGGGUGCCGGAGUAUGAUGGGUUGGAUGCGCCUGCUUAUGACGCGGAUGCGGCUACGGCGCUAAGGCAAGCGAGUGGAGAGCCGACUGUUGAUGCGCCGCUAGAAGAUGCGCAGAGGAACGGCAGUACUGCUAGCGCUUUGAGUGCGACGUUCAGCCAUGGUGGCUCGGGUUCGGGCGUGCCUAUUCCGGAACAUCAUGCGGAGCACGAUGGAGGGUACGGAGAGGAGAGCAUGAUGCGGCCACCUGCGAGGGAGUACUCGGCGGUACAACAGCAGCUGGGUCAGCCACAUCACUUAGCUGCGCCAGAGCAGCAGCGACAGUCACAGUCAAUCACGCAGCUGCCGCAACAACAAGAGCAAAAGAAGAUCAUCGCGAACGGCAUGACGGCGGAGCAGAUCAUCGCGGCGGAGAAGGAGAAGAAUGCGAACAAGCCAAAGGGGAAUAUGAGCUGGAAGCAGAGGGUGAAGAAGGGCACGGAGUGGGCUAUGAUGGGCGCGAGCUGA